GUGAAUGAAAAGAAAAAGAUAUCAGAAAUGCCUCGAAACAUGAACGGAAGCAGACGGGAAGGCGGAGAAGAUGAGAGCGGAAUGCUGUGGAAGCUUCCAGUUUUGAAAUCUUCCAGAAUCGGAAGGUUAGGUCCCGCCUUCGGCCUGGGCGUUGGUUGUGGCGUCGGCUUUGGCAUCGGCCUCGUCGGAGGUGCUGGAUUUGGUCCAGGAAUUCCUGGCCUACAACUUGGCUUUGGUCUUGGUGCUGGAUGUGGAGUUGGCUUAGGAUUUGGCUAUGGUGCGGGCAGGGGCAUUGCGCAAGAUGACAAACGGAGAUACUCUAACGUUGGGGAUCUGUUAAAUGGUCGUCAAAGUAUUUUUCCUCAUAGGGACGAGAUCGGGGCGGUUGUCGACGAGCUCGCCCUCAAUACAAAGAAGCUUAUCCAAGUUACUGCAAAGGAGAUUGACAAGUGGAAAAGAUGAAGUUCUCUUCUUUUGCAUUAAGGUCCAAUCCCCUUCCCCCAUCGUUAGUAAGAUCCACAAUCAAAAGCAUAGAAGAAGGAAAAACUACAAAAAAGAAAAAAAAAAAAAAAAAGAAAAAAAAAAAGGAAGUAAUGGAAAUUAUGUUCAAUGGUUAUUAAAGAACAAGCUGGUUUAAGUUGUGCAUUCAACAAUAUAAGAUCUUAGUGAUUAUAUUCUAUAAUUUCGACCUUUUGGUAU